AUGUCAUCUAUAACAAAUACUGAUAAUGAUAAUAUAAAAGAACAAUUAAUGGAAAUAUUAGAUCAAUCAAUGAGAAUUAAAUCUUGCUUUCAAACAAUAUUAUUUGAUUUGUCUAUUAUUAUUGUCUGCAUUGCCUUUCUUUCUACAAUAUUAAUGUAUUAUACUGGUAAAUUAUUUUAUAGAAAAUAUAAAGAAUUAGUAGAUUUUGAAUUACGACAAAAUAAUGUAUAUUAUGUAAGAGUAUGA